CAUCUGAGCGUAGCCCGAGUCUGAGACAUGCGCAGUGCGGAGGACUAAAACGAACGGAAUUCAAAGUUUCCGACGAAGCAAAGAGAGAUGUUUGGGUUUCAUAAAUCCAAGAUUUAUCGCAGCCAUGAGGGCUGCUGUAUCUGUAAAACCAAGUCGUCCAGCUCCCGGUUUACAGACAGCAGCAGAUACGAGGAAAACUUCCGACUCUGCUUUGGUUUGUCCGAGGACAGGGUUGGAGAUAUCUGCAAUGCCUGCGUGCUGCUCGUGAAAAGAUGGAAGAAAUUGCCGCUGGGAUCCAAGAAGAAUUGGAACCAUGUUGUGGAUGCAAGAGCAGGGCCUGGCUUCAAGUUGACAAAACCCAAAAAAUUGAAGAAUAUUGAUGGGAAGAAAAAAAGCAAGCUGAAGAAGCUGCAUAAAUUUAAACGACAAAAUUCUGAUGCCCACAGCACUACAUCCAGCAUGUCUCCUUCUCAGUCUCCCAGCCACAGUAACCAGUCUGAUGAUGGCUCAGACAUCGAGACUAAGCAAAGGCGUCCAAACCCAGCUGGCUUCUCGUUCCUCGACCUCUCCUAUUGGAAAAGGCAGAAAGUGUGCUGUGGGAUUGUCUACAAGGGGCGUUUUGGUGAGGUAAUUAUCGACCCUCGUCUUUUCAAGCCCUGCUGCAGCACCAAAGAGCGGGCAGCGCUGACAUCCAACGCAGACUCUCAGAACUCCAAAUCACCAACCUCUCCCCUCCCAGAGGACUUAAAGGAGACUUGGUGAUCAGCUACCGCACCUCCUUCAGUGUCUCGUUGAGGCUCCCUAGCUUUGUCUCCAGUGGCAGACUCAAAAACCAUUCCCACAUUAGUUCACUGUGUAUGAAUGCCGUUGAAUAUUUUCCCUGUUUUUGUUGUUAGCAAUUUUUUUGGUAAUAUUACAUUUAUAAUUUUUUUUUUUUUUAACUAAAGGGAGCAAAAAAAAGUAUGGGCAUUAGUAAUUAUUCAUAGGAUCAGAAUCGGGUUAAACGGCUUAUUAAGGCGUGUAAUACAGGUAUUUUUAUUUUAUUUUUUUAUGAAUUUUUUGGCACUGUAAAAAUAUUUGAUGUUGAGUUUUGUAGUGUUUGUAAAUAUCUUUAUUUUCAAUACCAGUGCACCAAAAGCCUCCUCUGGCUCCUAGUUUUCUAUGUGUUGAGUUGUUGUCAAUGUUCAUGAAAUGCCGUACUGAUCUGUGUCAAACAGGGCACAGUGUGAUGAUAAUGGUUCAAAUCUUAAGCAAUUUGUUUAUACUGUGCCAACCCAUUUGCCCCUAAUCUGCAUGUGUUGGCAGUGCGGUGAAUGGGUUGUUGGAUAUUCAGUGUGAAUACAGCUCUAUUUUUGUUCAUUACAUGCAUCUGUUAAUCUCGCAUUCUUGGUUUGACUCUGUUACUGUUUUCGUGAGUUGUCAGGAUCCAAAAGCAUUCGUGCUUGGAUGCUGUCUGCGAUUCUCAAAUGCUUUUGAGCACAAACCGUUAUCCAUCCUUUUGCAAAUAAGUUCGUAAAUAAAAUUGCAUACUUUAAUAUUGCUGUAUAAAA